AUGGCGGACGACCUCGCCGGGUUCCUCGCCGGGCUCGUCCUCGAGUGCGACGAGAUCCCGAACAAGGACAAGCUCCGCGAGCUCAAGGUCGACGUCGGCGCGGACGAGCCGCUGACGAUCGUCACGAACGCGUCCAACGUGAAGUCCGGGUCGAGAGUCGUCGUCGCGACCGUGGGCGCGGAGCUGAACGGGGAGAAGAUUAAGAAAGCCUCCGUCGGCGGCGUCGUGUCUGAGGGCAUGCUCGCGGACCCGCCGAUGCUGGGCUGGGUCGGCGGCGGCGCCGGCGCCGCGGCGCUGCUCCCCGAGAGUUUCAAACCCGGGGACGCGCCGCCGAAGUCGCGCCCGAGGAUGGAUGGCGGCGGGGAUCGAACCGGCGGCGGCGACGCGGCGGCGGCGCCCGUCGCCAAGAGCGUCGGCCCGGGCGUGGACGCGUUGUUCGAGAAGAAGCUCACGAAGGAGGAGAAGAAGGCGCUGCAGGAGAAGAAGAAAGCGGAGCGCGCGGCGAAGAAGGUGGCGAAGGCGGAGGGUGGCGGCGGCGACAAAGACGACGACGACUAA